UCCACUGGUCUCUACUGGUGUGCGCAUGCGCAGUGGCUCUCCUGUGCGCUCUACUGUUUGCAUUGUGUCUGAACUGCCGGCGAGCUUUCAAAAUAUUAUAACCACCGCGGCAAUGUCGGGCAGGUCGGUCCGCGCCGAGACCCGGAGCAGGGCGAAGGAUGACAUCAAGCGGGUCAUGGCCGCUAUUGAGAAAGUACGAAAAUGGGAGAAGAAAUGGGUGACUGUCGGAGACACAUCUCUUCGCAUCUAUAAGUGGGUGCCGGUGACAGAACCCAAAUCAGAUGAUAAGAACAAGAACAAAAAGAAGGGCAAAGAUGAGAAAUAUGGCUCCGAGCUGACGACUCCAGAAAACAGCUCCUCUCCCGGCAUGAUGGACAUGCAUGACGACAACAGCAACCAGAGCUCCAUCGCAGACUCUUCCCCUGUGAAACAGGAAAACAGCUGUAGCACCAGCCCAGCCCCUGAGCCUGCCGCCUUGUCUCACCGCGACAACACGGAGACCAAAACAACGGGCCAGAGUCCAGACAGUAAGAGGGGUAAGAGCAUCACUUCAUCAGAGACCUCAGAGCGAGCACAAAGUGCCAAGAGAGACAGUCUGUCCUUAGGGGACAAAGACUCAUCAGACAGCAAAGCCACUCAGGACCUAAAGGGGGAGGGCCCACCCACCAAGAAGAGCAAACUGGAGUCUUAGGGCCGUGAGGAGAGUUAGGCGAGUGGGCCUGACUCCUCUCUGUCCCUCACUCCUCACUCCUCACUCCUUUGCUCUCACCUAACCUCCUUCCAUUAACUCUUAUUUAGGGCUAAUGGACACACGCCGACUCUUCUCCUCCUUCUUCUUCUGCCCCCCUUUCUACCCAGACUCCUCAGUACUAAGGGAAGAAUGGACGUUUCUUCCUCCCUCACUUCCUUCCACCCAAUGCUCCGCCCCCUCUUCACCUCCUUCUCCUGCAGUUUGCCACCUUGACCCCAAACACUCCUCUGCCACAGAGGGAGAAUGGAUAUUACCUCUAUUCACUGCCCCCCCCCCCCCCCCCCUCCGGGCUUCCUUCCAGUUCUCCACACCUUUUCACUAAUGCCAAGAGAAGCUCUGAAGCCAGACUGCAAUCCCCUCUGUGACCAGGGGUAGCGCUGUUGGCCCAGUCCAGCCACCGCCAGGCCAGGCCACAAACCCUGACCUGCAUCUGUGACUAAAAGAGUUAACACUGGAGACCUGAGGUUAGGAUCAGGUUGAACCCAGACGCUGCUCUGAGACCACGUUUUACUGCUAAUGGUUUAGCUCAGGAUAAGUGCAGAGGCUAACCAGGUCUCAGGUCAGAGGCUGGGCACUGACCACUCCACCUCAGUCCUCCUAGAUCGCCUCCUGUUAGACUAAUGUUCUAUAUUUGUUUAGGUAAUGUCUAGGGUUUUUGUUCUCAGGAGGGUCAAUGCACUGUUAUGGUAUGUCACAAUCGAUCACAGAUAGAUUUGCUGCUGUAGUGGAAGUCCUUUUAUCUCUAUCCAUGAAAACAUCUCCAUUCACAAGUUCUAAGAACAGGAGGUGACCUUGUAGCAGAGGAGAACAUGGUACUAGUCAAAAAGAACACACACACACACACACACACUCUAGGACAAGUAGUAAGGACGGGCAGAGCUAGCAGGGGUCCUAAUACUGUGCCUUGAGUCAAAUCGGUUUCAUAUCUUGGUGCCAUGUUAUUUUCCCCUCAUCACUUCUGUCUGACAUUUACAUCAAUCACAACAGUUACAGUCACUUUUAAAGGAAUAGUUCUCUUGCUAAGGAGACAACAACGGUGACAAAAGCAUUAUUAAAACUAAUGGUUGAAAAACACAGUGUACUGGUAACCUAGUAUUAACAGUACUACUGAUUGGGGAAAUGGUUAGUUUGGAUCCAACAGAACCAAUUUUUUACUUUUUUAAGAUCUCCAAAAUAUUAAUUGGAUAUUAUUUAGUGAAUUUUCUUUUUUCCUUGCAGAUCCAGAUUUGCUAUUUUCCCUUUUCUUUCCUAAAUGCUAAACUAAUAAGAUUACUGUACAGACGUGAGUCCUCCUCAGUCUGAAGAGUUGGUAACUGAAAACUGAGUAAUGUAGUUACAGAGUACGAGUUUUGGAGUAUUCCUUGCCACUGGUCUGUGUUUACUUUAGGGCAGCACCUCGUUGGUUGUUUUUCCUCCAGUCUACGGUAGAAACAGACCAGGUUCUGAUAGAUUUGGUGACGUCAGAUGGGACUGGACGGGUCGGGUGUAACGGGGGUGAGGGGUAGUCGUUCUAGGACAAAAAGUGAAAUCUGCGGCUGCAUUGUUUAGAGCUGUUUGACUGAGAGCAUGCUUUAAAAAAAAAAAAAAAGUAAAUUCAGCAUUCAUUGAACAAAUGCCUUGACUGACAGUGACAAACAAGAAAAUGGAACGGUUUAAACGGUUUCUUGUAAACACGCCACUCUGCGUCCCUCUGCCGUCACCACUCUCUUCUCUGUUCAUGUUCUGCUUAACUUCUGACGGCCUCUGACCUCAGGGACCAGUGUUGAGGUUUGAAUAUCCUUCUCCAACAUGCUGUCUGUUGUCUAAAUCCACACACGUGUGCUGUCAACAUCCUGGUUCGUUGUACAGCCUUGAACUUUAUCACACAGGUCCAGACCUAUGACCUCUGGUGCACCAACUCACACAUGAGCCUGGAUUCAUUCAUACAUAACCUACGUUUUUCUUUUGGCAUACGUAGAUCGAAAUCACCUUAUUCACUACCAACUGAUAAAUUCACAACACAACAGGGGCUACGGAAAAGGUCAUGACACGGAAUUACUUGAUCCCAUAUCAGCAUAUCAGCAUUCACGUGGAGGGAGAGAAAGGAAAUUUAAAAAAAAAAAAGAUAAGCGUCUCAAGUCUCGAGGAUGGAUUAGCAUAUA